AUGCACGCACAGUUGUUACGCGGCGAAGACGCCGAUCUUCACUUCGCGCCAUUGGAAGCUUCAUGUGGUCACACUGCGUCCAAACCCUUACCAACUGAUAAGAAUGCGAGCCCAAAGUGGAACCUCAUAGAUGUUCCAACACAGAGUUCAGAGCCGUCGUCAUUCAACAGCAGCAGCGACGUGUCACUGAAGCCGCAUGUGAUCUCCGGGGAUCUUGGGUGCACCGAUGCAAAGCAAAGUGGAGAUGCUGGUUCGGUGUGGGGACACGCAGAAGAGGCAUCUGCCUCCACGCUAUAUGGAUCAGUACUCUAUAAUGGUGGCCCUGAGACGGAGGAAGAGGUGCGAGGCCCACGCGCCAUGGACGGUGAAGAGAAGGAGGUGCCGAUGUGGCUGCAACAAAAAAAACGUGUGGUACUUCGUGAGAGCAUCUGUCGUGCUGCCUGCGCACAGUGGGACGAGGUGAAGCGUGAAACGACACCUAUUCCUACCGCAACUACCCCGUCCCGCCGGUUGCAGCAGGAGAAAAAGGAGUGCUCUGUCUCACAGUCUCUGUCGGGUGAGGCAGCCUUGCGUGCCACUUCAGUCGCCUCAUCGCGCUCAGCACCGUCAAUAACGACGGUCCCACACCACACAAGCGUCUUUUACCCCGAUGGCAUUGAGGAACAGCCGCCGGUGCUGCUGCACUACCUCGCGCUCAGUGGCUGGCGGACGGUGGCCGGUGGGUGGGACUACUUUAGUCACCGCCGCUUGGAAAAGGGGGAGACGGUCGGGCACGCCGUGCGGUGGCUGCACAGCGCCCGGCCGCGCGACCGUUUCGUGUUUGUGAUCAGCCCUGUUGAGCGCAAGGCGGAGGGCGAGACGGUGGGAAUGUGGGGCGGUCUCCGCGACCGCGUCUUUGGCCCCCCACCGGCCUUUGCGUACAAGAAGGGGAAACUGCUGAAGCAGCCGACCGCCGUUAGCCCGGCGCAGGCACCGCAUGAGUUGUUGUCGCCAUCAGCGCGGCCGCUAUCGCCCGUCGCCAGACGGGGCGGCGGCAAUUUAUCGCGUAGUGGCAGCGGUGUGGAAGUGGUGGAAGUGCGGCACGAAGAUGUUACUGCGCUUGACUACAGUCCGCGUCUGCUGUCGAGUCGCUUUGCAAUUGAGACCAAGGCAGUGUACGCAUACUUCUUUGUCUCGAUGGAGGCGGCGUGUGCGUACUACGACUCGCUGGAAGAUCUGGACCGCAUUGAAGAACAGAUUGAACGAGGGGUGACGAACAUCACGCCCCAGGUGCGGCCAGACCAGACCAUAAAGAGUGGUAGUUCAUGUUCCUUCGCUCUUGAUCACUUGAUUAGCACGGCUGGGCCAGUGGAGACGGAAGCAGCAACAGAAGUGUCGCACCUGGGAAAAAAUGACAGAGAGUCAUCUGCGUCCCCGCAAAAUGAUGCGGCAACGGAAUCACCGGACAAUGUUCUUGGUGCAGACGAGUGGGAUGUGGAGCAGGCGAUGAGGGGGGUGCGUUUCCCUGUCGUAGAGAUCCAGGCACCCCGCUGCAAAUCACCUGAACUCAUGCAGAGACGGAAACAGAAGCUGCAAUCCACAUCUCAUCUCACUAUUUCGCCAGUGGCGCCCUUGCGCCGUGUUGCGCUGGGCGAGACUCCUUUCCUCCGUCACCGCGUCAUGUCGACGCCGACUACUGUGCAUUUUGACACUAUCGUGACAGUCUACUCGGAGGACCCCAACUUCAACGCUGUGUUGCGGGAGCUGCUGAUGCCAGAGCCUGGCACUCACCCCUACACCGCGUCUCUCAGAGAGCAGCGCCGUAUGUUGUCUAUGUAUGAGACGGGAAUGCCGUCAUGGACUGUGUUCCUUGCAUCUACUGGUUUGCCGUACCGCCGUGUGUUUCGGCUAACAUUCGUGGGGCUCGUGAAUAUCUGGCCCGUUAUUUCAUUAUUCGUGGGGCUAUAUGAUCUCUACAAGCACCUGCCACAGAUGAAGGCAUUUGUGUCUACAACGCUAGCACCUCUUCUGGAGUGGGUAGAGCACCGCGUUACGUUGCGUGUGUCGAUGUUGGUAACGUACAUUCUGUCGGUCUGUUUGACAGUGGUCACAUCCUUCACAAGCUUUUUAUCGCAGUUCUAUGUGCUGGAAAUCAUUCUAUUCCCGCUGCGUCUCAUUGGGCGCCUGCUGCAGACACCCUUUGCGCUAGUGUUCGACCUGCUGUGGACGUUCUUCUCCAUCAUCGUAUCGUUCCUGAGCCUUGUGCUGGUGACGAUAAAGAUGCUCUUCGUUGGGCCCUUCUUGCUUGUCACGCACCUCGCCGCGUUGGAUUUCGGUGGCACCACAGUUCUUCCUGCCGCUGCCGAAGGGACAUCGCUUACGAUGAAGUGGUGGCGGGCGUGGCAGGAGUUCUGGGUGACGGUAGCGUCACCUGUGAAGAACUUGGCGAAGGCGUGGUACGACAGUGUUGUACACGUUGCCGUGAGUGCGGCACGUCGUGAGGCCUCCAUCCGACGCUGGUACACACCGAAGCUGCGCUCUGUUGGUGCCUUUGUGGAGUGGGUUCGAGAGUUGUGCGCGGUGAAUCUUACGCUGUGGUGGCAAUUGUGGGGCCCGGGGUGGGAUAUCUGGUUGGUGAACGUUCUGCUAAUCGUCUACUCCGCGUGGGUACUGCUCUACACUAGCGGGGGCAGCUCUGCUAAUGGCGUUGGUACCUCUGCUGCUGCCUCUAUUGGUGGUGUUGCUGGUAGUGACCUCGGUGCGAUGGCGACGGACGAGACAGCGUUGAUGCCGGUUGCCUCGACGGUUGCGGAAGCAGCAACAACAGCAACAGCAGUAGAGCCCUUCAUCGAGGAACGUCUCGGUUUCUCCCUCAUGAUGGUUGAUCCGCCUCUUGGUGGCGACGUUGACGCUCUAUACUUUGCGUGGGAGACGCUGCUGGCGGUGUGGAUACAGCUCCCGUGGUGA